CUCACUGAUAUACCCGUUGUCAGUUACGUAAAUAUACCAAGGUGGAAGGGAUCCGAGAUCGGUGAAGUCGGUGCGCAUCAAACGCCGGCUUGAUUUUAGUUUACCGACGCGCGCUUUCCGUUAUCGCUAUUUCAAAUUUUACUACAUUUGACUUUACAUGCAGUUGCUUCGUAUCAAGUUGUGCCCUACAUUGUUACUGCGUGUGCACAUAUUUUGUUUUUGUUGUUACUUCGUCAUGACAUCGCCGUCUAACACGAUAAAUUUGCUACUUCCUUAAUGGGGAAACGACCGCAUAGAGAAAUUCACCAUGGCGGCACAUUUCGACAGAUGGACAUUCUUAAAAUUGAUCGAAGUGGUUCUGGUGGUCGUGUGUCUGAUCUUCAAACGCGUCACUGACGACGAAGCAUCGCGUCUCUUCCUCUACCUCCAAAAGCUGUCGCGCCAGUGGAGUCUCCUUAACAACGUGACUUGGAGCAGAGUGGGGGCCGCAGUUGCGGAUGCCACUUACGGGGGCUAUCUGAUCAUCACAGCUGCCCUUUUCAUAGGGCGCCUGGCCGGAGAGCUGCCCACCAAGAACAGAAUCACCGAGUAUAUUUUGCUGGGGGUCGGAGCUGUGCUCUUCAUCGCUCUUGGAAGCUUAUCAUACGCAGCGUUGGACUCGGUGCCCCCCGACUUGGUUGAUAAUGCAGCGGUUGUGGGUACAGUCUCUUUAGUUACCGCGGGAUUGUUCUUGCUGGACAUGGCGGGUCCGAAGGCCAAGAAGCCAACGGAACCAACUCAGACGAAGACCAAAAGGAUAAUCAACUUGGCUCUGAUGGAACCGAAAAGGAUUCCUCGGCCGACUUUCGAUGUGGAAAGGGAAACCGAGAGAUCGGAAAGGACACAGAUAGAAACUGUGGAUUCUCGAGGCGGGAAUGGAAUGAAAAAUGGUGGCGUUUCGAAUGGGAAUGCUAAAAACGGGAAGAGUAGGGAAGACGUCGAAGUCAGAAAAAAUGGGAAAGGUUAUCACCAAAUGAAAGAUGACAUCCCGAAGCGGUUCGGUAUCUACGGCAAAGACGUAACCGACGGUUUCGGAAGCGAAACUGACGAUACAGAAGACUUAAGAAUACCUCCAGCAAUGGAGUCCCAUUCGCCCGUUUGGAGCAAUAUCAGAAAGGGUAGACAUCCAAUGGGUGACGGGAUUAGGUCAAUACGGUAGAUAUGACAUAGUUUCCACCCCAAUAAUACUGCCUAAGCCUCAAAGAGAGAUGGAAGAAGUGCGUCCGCCUAGUCGACCAGGGGAUCCCGGAUACGUCCAAUACACUGCACAACAUUGGGGUGGAAAAAGUACCACUAAAACACCACGGCACAGCCCCACAGAAGUUUAAAAUAUAAAAGAGAGGAGAGACACUGCAUCUUCCUCACAAGAAGCUUUAUAACGGGUGAUUUUUUAGGAGGUAUAGGAUUUGAUUUUCAAAAAAAAUACAAUUUAAUGUUUAAAGUUAUUUCAUGUAAAUGUUGGCCGCGGCUCCGCUUUAGAUGGCCCAUGCGCAAGGUCCAAUUUUGGCACACUCUCUCCAACAUAUCGGCCGGUAUCUUACGAAUAAAUGCUUCGAUAUUGGCUGGGUUCGAAAUUUAGUCACAAGCUUCCGAAUAGCUCCCUCAGUAGGCCGACCAAAUUGCCCAUAAAUUUGAAGCAGUGCUCGAUGCACUCUCUUAACCGAGCAUGAAUUUUGAUAGUCAACUUCAAUAAUUUGCAAGCGUUGUUCGUUCGUAAGUCGAUUCAUGGUUAAAUUAUAGACCAAACUGAACAAGUUUGACAAUGACACAAGACACGAUUCACGCGUCAUCUGUCAAAAACAGUGUUGCCAAAAAGAUACUAGCAAAAAAAUCACCCAUUACUUGAAACAAGGAUGUUCUGUCUCGAAAAGAGAAAAGCAGUUUUGAUACGAUAUUUUUGUAACUUACCUUCGAGUAUGUUCUGUAGCAUGUUAAUUUAGAAUUAUGCCAGUUGUGAAGCCCGACCAAAUGACAAACAGCUUUGGUGCCAAAGACUUUUUCGGUUCUUCCUUCAACUGAUUUUAAAUAUUUGUGAAGGGCUGAUACCGAAAUAUAUAUAGUUUUGAACAGAGAGUGCACAUUGCAAAUGCUAAAUUUGACCCCGAAAAACAAUAUGAAAAAUUCGCGUCAAGUAGACUGACUCUAUUUUCCUUCGCCUUCGUUGGAGUUUUCAAAGAAAAUGAGAUUCAAAAAACGAAAUCGAAUCGUACGAUGCAUGUCAAACUAUACAGGGUGUUUUUAAAGUUAAGUCAAAUGAAGUUGGUAUACCAAAAAUCUAUAUAAAAGUUGCAUAAUAAGAGAGUUAGUUUCAAAAAUAAAAUCCUGAUGUCCACGAAUUGAAUCACAAGCAUUUUCAGUGAGCUGUUAAGUUCUUCCAGACUAUUUACUGCUCCAUCAUGAUACACCUUUGAGUAGCCCCACAGAAAAAAACGCAAGGCGUUAAAUCCGGGGAGCGAGCAGGCCAAAAAGUAAACAAAAAAAAACGCUAUGAUUUUACGCGGCAGUGGUCGAGAAUAUCAAAAAAUGUGUGUAAUAACAUUCUUAUUUUUAUGCAAAUUUUCAAUAUUUUACUAUUUCUUUUGAAACACCCGGUAUAACUACUGCAUUCACAAGAAAACACGCUAAAUCUAAAUAUUGCUAAAAUAUACUUUGAAGUUGAGUCAUUAAUUUUCAGAUAAUGAUUGUAGAAGGAAGAUAAACCAAAAUAUGUGUGUAAAAAUAAAAAUAAAAUUAAAAAAAAUGUUUACCUUGUUUUAUAAAGUAUCCUCCCGACAAGUAUUUCAGUGCGGACCUGUAUUUGAUCGCGAGGUCUUGGAGCAUCGGCAUGCCGUCUUAAGUCACCUGAUUCACGAGCCCGUUGUACUACAUUAACAAAGGCACGAGGGGUUGGUUGCACUCGAUUGGGAAACCGAUCCGCAUAAACAUGUGCCAUUUUUCAUUUCGUUUGAGCCACGCAACAGACACCACUAUUCACUCACGCGUUACCGACUGACACUGACUGCAUACAACUGAAUGAAAUAAUUGUAAAAACAUCGUUCCAAAUUCUUUCGCUUUUUUGUUUCCGACGCGAUGAACCGAUACGGCGGAUUAUAUCCGCCAAACACGAGCACAUAAUAUUAUUAUUGAGACAGGGCGGUACUCAAACUUCCAAGGCUAUAACUUUGUUACUUUAAUUUUACCAGAAAAAUGGUAAAGGAAAAAACAUUUCUUUUGAUCAGAUCUACUCACUGUUAAAAUAAAUGACUCAACUUCGAAGUCACCCUGUAUAAAUAUUUCUCCUGUGUAUUUUGAACUUUGUCUGUGGGCUAUAUUAUUUUCGAUCUGCUUAUGACCAUAACCUGUUGUUAGAGUUGUAUACAGGGUAUCCCAGAAAUAACACGUCAAAGAGUGACACGGGAGGUACAUGACCUCAGUAAAAGUUUUCUAGUUUUCGAGGUAUCGCGACUUUUAGGUUUUUUCAAAAAACUCCUUUUUGACUGUUAUUAAGAACUUCUAACUUGUGACUUUUUUCCUGGGCCACCAUGAAUACUCGGUUGUCUCAAUCAACUAUUAAUGGUAGCCCAGGAAAAAACUCAUAACUUAGAAGUUCUUAAUAGCCAUAACAAGCAAAAAUAGCGAUUUUUUGAAAAAACCUUAAAGUUGUAUUUUUAUAUUAGUGGUCCUUUGCCAUAGUUAAGAAAGUCAAUUUACUGAGUUUAAAUUUAGGCUAAUAUAAAAUACAAUACUGUAGAUUAUACUAGAUUUUUAUAUAACUGUUAUAGCCUAUGGUUUUAGAUAUUAUAAAUGUUAGUACGUUACUUACUUGUAUAUAUUAAAACGAAUAUUAAACCUA